AUGGCUGAGAAGGCUGUAGAACAGAACUUGUCGUGCCCACUUUGCUUUGAAAUCUUUGAUGAGCCGACCAUCCUGACUUCGUGUGGACACACUUUUUGUCGGAAAUGUCUGAAGAAUUAUGACAAGUCCCAAUCCCGUAAGGAACCCGAUCGCAAUUACAUGGUGUGUCCCAUCUGCAGGGGGAUCACAGAGUUUAAAUCAACCAACCGUGUUGAUGAUUUCUGCCCUAACCUGUUGGUCAAAUGCCUGGUAGAUGAUGUGAAAGAUGUCCUUGAGAAGAAGAAUCUGAAAUCCAAUACAGAGGUUCGUGCAGCUGCUGCUGUUGUUGGUGCUGCCACUAAGGAUUCGAUGUUGGAUGAAGGUCAACUUCUUGGAGCUUAA